AAGCCUGAGUGGCAGCUGGCCAGUCGCUGCCAAGUGCCCCUGUGUGGUCCCUCCCUGUGUUUACACAAGGGGCUGGGUUCCCAGGUCCCAGAUUAAAGCCUGACAAAGGCCCCGGAAGAACAGGAGUGAAAAGGAGGUCUGCAGCCCUGAUACUGGCUCUGAGAAGGCAAGAAGAAGGGGGUAGAGGCUCGGUUGAAGAAGGCCAGCUUUACUCAUCCUCUGCAGGAGCCCUUGCAGUGGUCUAAAGAAAAGCAGUCCCAGGGACUGAAAGGUGGGGCAGCUGGUUUGUAGAAUCACUGGGAGAAUUGGGGAGGGAGACAGGAUAGAGCUUGGUCCCUGUCCAGGAAGAAGUGAGUGGUCAGCUGGUCAGACUGAGGCAGAAGUCCACGCAGGGGUCAGUUUGGGUAGGUCUCGUCUCGGCAUCAGGAAGGAGGGGGCGGCCCUGGGGCCAAGGCACAGGCGGCGGCAGCCAGCCUGAGAAGCCACGUCUGGCUCGUCUGCUUUCAUAGGUGGGUUGUCAAGAUCAUGGGCAGGUUUCAGAGUGUCUCAGCCCUAACUGCAGCAGCCUCAGGGGCUGGGGUAUGAGGGUCCAGGAAGCAGGGUGUCCCCCAUUGUAGGGAAGAGAUUGGCCAGUUCCCCAGGGGAAGGGGCGGUGCCUCGGCUUGGGGCUGAGGCACAUUUCUCCAGGGCUGGGAGGCUUCCAGGAUGGUUAGCCAGUGAGGACUGGGGAGCCAGCCGACUGAUGGACCAGAGAGGCUCGUCCAGGCAGAGAGACUGGGCUGGGGACAGCUGGGAGCUCCACCAGCUGACAGGUAUCGCCAGUCAAGCUACCGGUGUCUGUCCAGCAGCCAGGUGGUCAGCUAGACAUGCUCUUGGCCAGAUUCACACUUGCAACCCACUGUGCCAUUGGUUAGUGAGAUUGGGUGGUCAGGCACAGGCGGACAACCUGUUUCCUGGAAAUGGUCAGGCAGUUAGGCAGACCUUCAACCAGGGCAGCUGGGUGGUCAGUCUGACAAGGUUGAGACAUCUUGUGGCUGGCAGGCUGGAGGUCGUGUGGUCCAGCAGAGAGGCUAGCUGAUGCCAGGGGGCCAUCCAGACUGUUAGCAGCUGGUUGGAGGUCAGAGAAGACCACAGGGGCACAGUGUUGGCAGGUAGUUCUCACAGCCUGAGUCGUUCACUGGACAGUCCAAUUGUGGGGACUGUGAGCCAGUGACAGCGCAGGGAGCUGUGGACGUUUGCAGGGCUGCCCUGGAGGCCUCAGAUGCCCUCAUAGUCUGUCAGGAGACCCCAGAUGGUCAAUCCUCCAAAGACGGCCAGACCCUCGGGGAGCCAGACACUCACGCUCGUCCCACCCACCUGGCCCCAUGGCAGCCUCCCAGCUGGCAGCACUGGAAGAAGUGGAACUAGGGGCCGGGGUGAGGUCCCUGGGCGAGGCCAGCCCCGGCUUCUUGUAUUCUGAGGGCCAGCGGCUGGCGCUGGAAGCCCUGCUGAGCAAGGGGGCAGAGGCCUUCCAGGCCUGUGUACAACAGGAGGGGCUGCGGCCCUUCCUGAGCGGGGACGAGGUCCAGGGCUUGGCUGCGGCUGCUGAAGACUGGACAGUAGCCAGGCAAGAGCCCGGCGGGGCAGCAGAAAGAACCACCACCACCGAAGAGGACGCGGGCAGUCUGACCUACUGGCCUGGGCAGUCAGAGGAACCAGCGCCCCUGCUGCGACUUGGCUGGCCAGAGGACACUUCCUGGAAGGGCAUCACCCGAGCACAGCUGUACACACAGCCACCUGGCGAGGGCCACCCACCUCUCAAGGAGCUGGUGCGCCAGGAAAUCCAAGCUGCCCACAAGCUGGUGGCCGUGGUCAUGGAUGUCCUCACUGACCCAGACCUGCUCUCGGACUUGGUCGACGCCGCUUUGCGCCGCUGGGUGCCCGUCUACCUGCUCCUGGACCGCCAGCAGCUGCCUGCCUUCCUGGUGCUGGCCCAGCAGCUGGGGGUGAACCCCUGGGCCACGGAGAACCUGGACGUCCGCAUUGUGAGGGGCUGCACUUUCCAGAGCCGCUGUCGACGGCAGGUGAGCGGCAACGUGCGAGAGAAGUUCGUGCUCCUCGACGGUGACAGGGUCAUCUCAGGAUCCUACAGCUUCACGUGGAGUGACGCCCGCCUGCACCGCGGUCUGGUGACUCUGAUGACCGGAGAGAUCGUCGACGCUUUCAGUCGUGAGUUCCGGACACUGUAUGCAGCCUCGUGGCCACUCCCAUCCAUGCCCGCCCAGGGCCCCCUCGUCAGCGUCCCGGGAGACGGGCAGCUGGCCCGCAGCCCACACCGUGUGGCUCACCGCUGCCCUGUAGCCCCUGUGUCACGGCUGCCACCCAAUGGGCCACUGGCCCACCGCCUGGCUGCCUGCCGCAUCCUCGAGGGGGACAGGCAGGAGUCCCCUGCCCCACCAGGGCCCGCUCUCAGUGACAUCCUAAGAAGCGUACAGCGUGCCCGGACUGGCAGUGGCCCCCCGACUCGGCCCAGCCGCUCCCUGUGGGACCUGAGCCGCCUGUCCCAGAUGUCAGGCUCCAGUGACGGUGACAAUGAGCUCAAAAAGUCCCGGGGUUCCAAGGACACUCCUGCCAAGGCCCUGAUGAGGCAGCGGGGCACUGGAGGAGGCCCGUGGGGUGAGGUGGACACCCGCCCUCUGGCCUGGUCCCAGCCCUGGGGUGGCCCCCUGCCCCUGAUCCCUGCCCGCCGCCACCUCCGCUAUCUGUCCCCAACCCAAAGGAGGUUGGGGGAUGACGCUGCAUCCAAGCUCCCGGAAUCCAGAGGUUUCCCGAAGCCAGACUGGGCCUCCCGCUCAGGACUUGGAGGGCGACCCUGACAGGAGCCCAGACAAAUGUGCCCUCUCAGAGACCCCUGCCUGAGGCUGUGCCUCAGACAAGGCCUCUGGCCUCAGGGCCUGGGCAGUGGAAGAAGCCCAGUGCCGGCCCUAGGCCUCAGUUCCGGGUCAGGGAAGUCGCAGGAGGCCUCCAUUGCUGUGGACCCCAGAACCCGUUCAGCCAGGAUGGACUCUCCCCAAGAGGCUGGCUGAGCAGCCCCAUGGAAUUCUGUGGGACAUGCCUGAGGAGUCCCUGGACAAAAGGCCAUGCUUCCCCCUCCCUCCCUCCCCCCAGAAGCUGUGAGUAAGCGGAGGCGGGAGAGCAGAGAGCGGGGCGCUGAGGGCAGGAGCCUCAGUGGAACAGUCGGGGGCCGGAAGGUCCUGGGUUCACAGCCGCCCAGGGGUCCGGUGGGGGCUGGGCUGGCGCUGGGCGUUCGGGGAGCACGAAGCGGUGGAUCCUCUAGGCUCCCCAUUACUUUUGCUCAGAAUAAAACUCCUUCGUGCCCCAAA